AUGAUCAAGAAGUUCCCUACACCUGUUCUAAAGCCAUUCUGGCCGUUCUUCGUUAGUGGAGCUGCGAUUUACUGGGCGAUGUCCAAGCUCGCGGACGCCUCGUCGAACUCAGCCGAGUUCAUCAACGACCCACGCCACCCCCGCUUUGCGCGCGGCGAAAAGCCGGUAGAGCUGGCCAAGUGA